AUGCCAGAAAAAGUAGAAAAAGAACUGGUCACCUACCUGUUGCGAGCAGCAGAUAUACAUUUUGGUUUAACUCCUACCGAAGUAAAAAAACUUGCUUUCCAGCUAGCAAUUAAAAAUAAUAUGAAGGUUCUCAAUUCUUGGGUUGCAAAAGGAACAAGCUGGCAACCUCAAGCUACUAGUUUAAGUCGAGCGACAAGUUUCAAUAAGCAGAAUGUUGCAUCAUUUUUUAGCAAUUUGCAGUACUGUAUGCAAAAAUACUCGUUCUCACCAAAUGACAUUUGGAACAUGGACGAAACAACUGUACAGCAACCUAAAAAGGUUAUUGCGAAAAAAGGAUUAAAACAAGUAGGAGCCAUCACGUCAGCUGAAAGAGGAACUCUUGUAACAUUAGCAUGCACAAUAAAUGCUAUUGGAAAUAGCAUUCCACCUUUUUUAUUUUUUCGUAAAAACUUUAAAGAUCAUUUCCUAAUCAGUGCACCAACAGGAAGUGCAGGAGAUGCAAAUCCAAGUCGUUGGAUGAAAGAAGAAAACUUUGUAAAAUAUCUAAAACAUUUUGUAGGCAAUACAAAAUGUACUAAAGAAAAGCCUUGUUUAUUGUUGCUUGACAAUCACGAAACCCAUCUUAGUAUUGAAGGAUUAGAUUUGGCAAAAAAUAAUGGAAUAGUAAUGCUUACCUUCCCUCCACAUUGCACACAUAAGUUGCAGCCCUUGGAUAAGGCAGUUUAUGGUCCUCUCAAAAACUAUAUAAAUACUGCUAUGACAUCAUGGUUAGUAAUGAAUCCUGGAAAAACUGUUACAAUAUAUGAUAUUCCAAUAAUAGUAAACAUUGCAUUUUAA